AUGGAUAAAGGAGGUGUUUCUGCUUCUUUUUGGCCCAGGGACUUGUCCCAGAUAGGUCAAGAAAACGCGCGUGUUUCCACCCUCGAGGGGCUGGAGUACGAGGAGUUCGAUACAUAUUUUGACUACAACAAGCUCUACUCUGAUUCCACUCAAACCCAGGAGCACUUAGCAGCUUCUAACCCCCUUCAUUCAACCCACCGGGAACCUUCCCCGUUCGCCGUUGACUUUCAAUACUUCUUUGAUCACCUCUCAAUUGGGAGAGACGAGGCCAGGUACUCAAAUAUGACCCCUGGCCUGAACCUGGACGAUGGGAUCACCACAUCCGAGUCCAUGGGUCAGACCCCACCGGGACUCGUCAGAGGUGGUAGUACCUCUCCUUCGUCUCCCUCGUCUCCCUCAGGCUCUCUCUCUUUCGACGGCGUAGACGAUGUUCGUCGACGUCCUCGACACAGUCUUCGAGAGGUUCGGGCCCAGGAUGAUAAAUGGACCUACCCUCAGGCCGUCUCCAGCAAGCAUGUCCCAAGGGGAUAUGGGUAUCCGCCUCAGGUUCAUGUCCGCGAGUCGUCCUCUCGCCGCUCCAGCCACAGCAGCAAGACAUACUCCCCUCCUUCAUCGACCUCUGGUGUCAAGCGUCAGCGAUCUGUGGAGAAGAGGUCCAGGCACCUCUCUGAUCCUGACCAGACAGCCGACGUUCGCAAGAGUGGAGCAUGCCUUCCCUGCCGUAUCUCAAAGACUCGCUGUCAAGACUGUGGCGUCUGUCCCUUUUGCCGUAAGGCGUUCCCAGACGACGCACACCUUGUCUGUACCCGUAGGACCCCUGCGGUUGCUCCGCCUGUGAUUCGUCACAUAGCCGAUGUUUGGUCCCCCGACCCUGCCGAGGAGAGGCGUGUGGUCGACAACGAGCCUCGUUUUCCCACCGCCAAGCCCAAAGACAUCCUCAUCUACUUUGCUCGCGAUGCAGAGUCUCCUUACCUUCGUGCCUCUGUCCAGGCCUAUCAUUCCAAGUACGGUGUUGAUGAGAGCCCAAGGAACGCUGCUUUCGAACGCGACAGAUUCCCCAGCUAUGCAGAGCUCCAGCGUUGGGUCGAGGCCCAAAUCAGGCGCGAACGUAGCUCCAGAUUCGAACAUGCAGUGCAAAACUUUUUGCUCUCAUAUUACGAAGAGGGCCAGGGACUUCCAAAGCACAACCUCGUCUCCAAAGUUCACACUAUGAACUGCUUCUUCAGGAUCUGGAAAGCUCCACGCUUCACCUGCUGCAGCUCGUCCAAUAAGAUUUCUCAGGUUCCCUUCACUGUCCAGGCUGAGUUGAGACGCAUUGCAUGGAGCGCACUUGUGUCCCACGAGCAUGACAUCCUCAAGCUACUUGAGGAUGUUUUGGCUCAACAAGAUUCGCUCAAAGCUCAAGAGAAGAUGGCAGUAUGGGCAAGCUUAUGGCAACUCAUGUUGAUGUACAGAGACUUGAUCGUUGCUCACGAUGGAUAUUUCUCUCGAAACCCCAGUGCUAAGCAAGAUCAAAAUACCGUUGGCGCCUUUGAGAACCUGCACAACAACUUCUUCCCUUUGAUUGCUAUGUUUUACCAUUGCCAAUUCAAGACUCCCAAGAGGAUGGAAAUGUCUAUGGAUUGGCUCAAGGACUACCCUUCUCAUGCACGACACAGCUCCAAGCUCCGACAGGUCUCCCAGGAUAUGAUGGAUGCUAAGAGGGAAUUCUAUGAGAGAGUUCAGCGAUCGACGCACAAGGUCGAUGAGCGACUAUGCACCUUCGUGGUCAACCACGAAAUGAAGAAGAUUUCGACAAAGAGACGCCCUCGAAGUAGCACCAAGAACAAGGGCGCAUGA